AUGGGCAAGCUUCUACAGAAGAAAAAAAACCGGUCAGGCUUGUCCAAGUCUCGGCCGAAGGACAGUCGUCUGAAGAGUGGCAACAAGAAGAUCAAUGUGCUGGGCAAUGCCAUCAUCGCUGACAACUGGGACAAAACCUUGACUCUCACCCAGAACUACCGCCGUCUGGGUCUCAUGCACAAACUCAAUGCACCCACCGGUGGCAAAGAGCGACUCCCCGGCCAAGGUGAAGCCGCCGAAAGCUCCCUGCACAUCAAGGGCAGCGCCAAAGCGGCUGCACAGAUCGGACUGGGCGAGACGCGGGUGGAGCGUGAUCCAGAGACGGGCAAGAUCCUGCGCGUGAUUAAAGACGACGACGAGAUCGAAGUUGCGGGCUACAAGCGGCGGCGCGCCAACCCACUCAACGACCCGCUGAACGAUCUCUCUGACAACGAGGAUAUCCUCCCAGAUGUCUCAAACUCGGCUAUUGUGCAGCAGCUGGAGCGUCAGGCUGAUGUGGAGGACAAGAAGGUAACGGCUAAGAAGCCGCGGCAUCAGAGCGAGCGGGAGUCCGGGUGGAUUCUGCAGUUGAUUGAGAAGCAUGGUGAUAAUCUUCCGGCGAUGGUGAGGGACCGUAAGCUGAAUCCCAUGCAGCAAUCGGAGGGGGAUCUGCGACGGAGAAUCAAUAAGUGGAAGAAGAGCCAGGCAUGA